AUGUUUUCAGGCUGGAAGAAAGGAGGCAUUCCGGGUAAGUUUAUUAAGAAUUGUUUACGCCUAAACUGAUUCACAAGUUAAAAAAAUCGCAAACAAUUCUUUGUGUAGAAUCGUACAAUUGUCACUGAAUUGUGUAUAAGUACUUUUUAUCAUUGAUCAUAAUGUAAAAAAUGUAAGCUUAUAGGCUUACCAGUAUUUUCUGAUGAUAUUCCUAAUUUACAUUAAUUUGGAGGAGUGCUAAAAAAAUCUCUGUGGGAUUUUGUUAUUUUAUUCGUAUUGGAUUGUCCGACUUUGCCUUUAGAGUAUGUAGAUGAAGAAACCCAGGCUUGAAAUGAGUGCUAAGUGUUGAUCACCCACUGCGCACUUCUGUAAAGCAGUAAUGGUUAUUUUCAGGCAAACCUGAGAUUCCACGCUACUCUUGGCCUAGGAAAUAGGGAGUCGUUCUGUAGUUUUUCUACAAAACACAGAAAAAUGUUUAAUGUCCUUUAUCCAGGAAGUCAGUGCUUAGGCUGACACCUUUGUAAUCCCAUCGUGCUACCUUUUUCAUCAGCCAUUCUUGAACAUAGUGAAUAUAGUUGAACAUUGUGAAUGUGAUUAGUGGAGAGUUUGAGUGAGAGAUUUGAAGAUAAUGGCAGCCUUGUUGCUCCGUAGUGGGUACUCCCUUAUAUAAGCUAUAUAGGUAUGUGCUGCCCCAUCGGGCCAGGUUUUUGCGCUGUUUUGGUCUGAAAACGGGUAUACACUUUGCCCAUUUUGGUUUGGAAUCGGGUAUGGUUUUCGAGGGCACUAAAGAGUGUAUGAAAGUACUUAUGGUUUCAAUCCCAAAUGAGUAAGAAAGAAAGAACAGUAUGCGAAUUCCAGUUGGAUUCGAAGAAUUUUUUUUGUUUGCACUCUAAUCUAAUUAAUGAUAACAUAAUUUCUGGGUAAAGACCAGGUCUGAAAAUGGGUAUGGAUUUUAUAGUUCUAGUCUGAAAAUGGGUGUCAAAAAUUACAUUUUUUGGUCGGAAAUCAGGUCAGGAUUUGAAGAACCAGGUAGCACACCCCACCAAGAAAUCCCAGGAGUAAGCCCCCGCCCCCCCCCCCCCCCCCCCCCCCCCCCCCACGCCCAGCAAACCCAACAAAAAAAAAACCAUACACCACUUGGCAGACAUUGUAAACUAGGAAGGGAAGAAAAUAAAAAAAGAAAAAAAAAAAUGAAAACAAAAAAAAAAAAAAAAAAAAAACAAAUGAUCAAUUUUAUGUUCUUUGAUUAGGGUAUUCUGUAGAGUGUGAGAAUGUGAGUCGAAAAUUGCUUGUUUUGGUGGGAAAUCAGGUCAGGAGUUGAAAGACCAAGUUGCACACCCCAGCAAGAAACCCCUGAUGUAAACCCCCGCCCCCCCCCCCCUCUCCCGGGGUUGUAGCCAUGAGCAGAAACUUCAAAAAAAAGGUGACCUUGCAACUCUUGGAAGACCUUGUAAGAUUGGUUGGGAAAACAAUGAAUAAAGAAAGUUAACAAUGGAACCAAGCCAAAAACCUAAAGAGCUACGACCCAUUGGGGACCAUUUAAAUUAGAGGUUCUGAAGAGUUGCAAGGUUACUGAUUGAAGAAAAAAAGGACUUUCAUGAAUUUUUUCAUUAUUCCUAAAAUUACCUUAUUGUCUAAUAGAGUUUUCUUGCAUUAAUAAUUUCUUUUAGAAACUGAAGAAGACUUGAUGAGAAACACAGAGAUAAAAAGAAGGCUCAUCAGUGAGCUGUCUCUUGCAGUGAAGGAGGUUUGGAAAUUUAUUUUAAGAAGAGAUUUGAACAUUUCUAAUGUUCAAAUGAAAAAUGUAAAUGUAGUUAUGGAGGAUGCCUUCAUAGUGCAAAGAAAGUAG